CGCUCCCCUUCCGGCCGGCGCACGAUACCUACCGCACGCACUCACUCUUCUCCUCCUCACUUAGGGUACGAAAGGAUAAUAGAACAAAAUUGCUCAUUCUCUCACCCAACUCUGGCUGCAAAGAGCGACCCCAUGGUCCGAAAUGAGUCGCUGACGCCCCCCGUGGCUUCGGAGGAUGAUGGGGCAGAGCGUUGUCCCGUAGAGGAGGUGGCCCUGGUUGUGCCAGAGACCGAUAAUCCGUCGAUGCCAGUGAUGACAUUCCGGGCGUGGUUCCUCGGCUUAACUUGCUGCGUCCUGCUCAUCUUUCUCAAUACCUUCUUCACUUUUCGCACGCAGCCGCUUACAAUCUCGGCGAUCUUGAUGCAGAUUGCAGCACUUCCCCUCGGUCGGUUCAUGGCCGGGGUGCUGCCAAGAAAAGAGGUGAGGGUCUUUAGGGGCUGGAGUUUUAAUCUGAAUCCUGGACCGUUUAACAUCAAGGAGCACGUAAUCAUUACCAUAUUUGCCAACUGCGGGGUCUCCAUUGGUGGAGGAGACGCCUAUUCCAUUGGGGCUGUCGCAGUGAUGAAGGUCUACUACAAGCAGACUUUGAGUUUCUUAUGCGGCCUCAUUAUUGUGCUAACUACACAGAUACUAGGUUAUGGUUGGGCUGGAAUGCUAAGGAGGUAUUUAGUAGAUCCAGCAGAAAUGUGGUGGCCUUCAAAUCUUGCUCAAGUUUCCCUUUUCAGAGCUCUCCACGAGAGGAAUUUAUCAUCUAAAGGGUUGACAAGGAUGCAGUUCUUCUUCAUAUUCUUAACGGCAAGUUUUGCCUACUUCACUCUACCUGGAUACCUUUUCCCUAUCCUGACAUUCUUCUCUUGGAUCUGUUGGAUCUGGCCUCACAGCAUCACAGCUCAACAGAUAGGGUCAGGCUAUCAUGGACUUGGUGUUGGAGCAUUUACUCUUGAUUGGGCUGGUAUCUCUGCAUACCAUGGUAGCCCUUUGGUCGCCCCAUGGUUUUCUAUUCUAAAUACAGCUGUUGGUUUCAUCAUGUUCAUCUACAUAAUAAUGCCUCUUUGUUACUGGAGUUUCAACACCUUCGAUGCAAGGAAGUUUCCCAUAUUCUCAAACCAGCUAUUUACUUCCAAGGGACAGAAGUAUGACACAACCAAGAUUCUGACGCCCUCAUUUGAGCUCAAUGAAGCCGCUUACAAUAACUACGGGAAACUCUAUCUCAGUCCUCUUUUUGCAAUCUCUAUAGGUUCAGGUUUUCUUCGGUUUACUGCAACAUUAACCCACGUGCUCUUAUUCAAUGGCAGAGAUAUCUGGAGGCAGAGCAAGUCUGCAGUGAAUUCAGCGAAGCUGGACAUACAUGCGAAGCUGAUGAAUAACUAUAAACAGGUUCCUCAGUGGUGGUUCCUUGUUCUUCUAGCAGGAAGCAUAGGGCUAUCUCUGUUAGUGUCAUUUGUAUGGAAGGAGGAGGUACAGCUGCCUUGGUGGGGCAUGCUCUUUGCUUUCGGGUUGGCAUGGGUUGUCACUCUACCAGUUGGAGUUAUCCAAGCAACCACAAAUCAGCAACCUGGGUAUGAUAUCAUAGCACAGUUCAUGAUUGGGUAUGUCCUCCCGGGAAAGCCCAUUGCAAACUUGCUCUUUAAGAUAUAUGGUAGAAUCAGCACGAUCCAUGCCCUUUCUUUCCUGUCUGACCUCAAGCUCGGGCAUUACAUGAAAAUCCCACCAAGGUGCAUGUACACUGCACAGCUUGUUGGAACUGUUGUUGCUGGAAUCGUCAACAUUGCAGUAGCGUGGUGGAUGAUUAAAAGCAUCGAGAACAUAUGCGAUGUUGAUGCCUUGCAUCCCAGUAGCCCAUGGACAUGCCCCAAAUAUCGUGUCACAUUUGACGCUUCAGUCAUCUGGGGCCUGAUAGGCCCUGCUCGACUCUUCGGCCACAAUGGAAUGUACCGCAACUUGGUGUGGCUGUUCCUAGUUGGUGCGCUGCUACCAGUGCCGGUGUGGUUAUUCAGCAAGAUGUUUCCAGAAAAGAAGUGGAUACCUUUGAUAAAUAUACCAGUCAUCUCUUAUGGAUUUGCUGGAAUGCCUCCAGCCACACCCACAAACAUAGCUAGCUGGCUCGUCACAGGAACAAUAUUCAAUUAUUUUGUCUUCCGUUACAGGAAGAAUUGGUGGCAAAAAUACAACUACGUGCUAUCAGCAGCCUUGGAUGCGGGCACGGCCUUCAUGGGUGUGCUUCUCUUCUUUGCUCUUCAAAAUGAAAAUAGAAAUCUGAAAUGGUGGGGAACGGAGAUUGACCAUUGUCCAUUGGCAUCCUGCCCUACCGAACCUGGAAUUGUUGUUAAGGGAUGUCCUGUUUUCUAAUUCUCAUGAUUCAACUACAUGCAUGCCUUUGAGAUUAUAUUUACAAAGACUUUUGAUGAUAAGAGGAGAAGAAUGGUAUCCUUUCUUCGUCAUGUGAUAGGAUUUUGGAGCUUGAAGCAAUGUCUUCAAACUAAGUCAAUGUACACAAAUAACUCCUUAUUUUACCCAACCACGUUAAUUGGCUUGUGAUUAAAGAUAUUACUAUUUGAAAGAACUUCCGUUAGGGGUAAAUGCGGUA